AUGCCUGACAACCACCGCUUCUCCAAUUUAAAAUUCAAGCCUCGCAUUUCUUGUUUACGCCUGUGUCGUAAACGGCACCCAUUCAACAAACCCGUCGUCGACACGCCCGAGGUGGCCGCGGCGCGCGCGCACCACCUCGCCAUCGUGCAGGACGUCCGCGCCAGGGGCGCCAGCGGGGUCGUGUCCGUGACGCCCACGCCACUGGCCGCCGUGGCGUCGUGGUCCACGCCGUCCAGCCAGUACGCCCAGCAGCGCGUCUGGACGGUCUCCAGCACGCCGGCCCCCGUCCAGGACACCGUGGAGGUGGCCGCCGCCAAGGCCAAGCACUUCGCCGCCGUCCAGGAGGCCAACGCCAGGGCCGCCGUCGCGUCGCAGCAGUCUUACCAACACUCCGGGGUUCAAGCGUAUCAGCAACAGCGCCACCACCAGCAGUACUCCGUGUCCGUGACCCCCAGCCCGGUGCAGGAGACCCCUGAAGUGGCGGCCGCCAAGGCCCAGCACCUCGCCGCCGUGGCCCAGGCCGCCGCGCGCGUGUCCUCCUCCAACUCCCUCUCCAGCGGCUACGCCGUGCCCGCGGCCGUGCCCGCCAUCGGCGUGUCGCGCUUCCACUACCCAAACGUCCCCGCCGACUUGGCGCCCCGCUUUCCCGCCCCCGCCCCCACCCCCAUCGCCGCCUGGCCCGCCGCCAACGUGGCCGUCCGCUACAACACCAUCGCCUCCGUGGAGGACGGCACCGGCCGCUACGUCCCCGACGACGAGGGCCAGUACGACCCUCGCCUGGACGCCGAGGGCCAGUACGACCCCCGCCUUGACGCGGAGGGCCAGUACGUCCCCAGCCUCAACGACGAGGGCCAGUGGGUGCCCAGCGCCAACGAGGGCCAGUACAUCGCCGGCCGCGAGGACCAGUCCGACGAGGACAACAUGCCCUACAGCUACAGCUACUCGGACGGGCUCAGCAGCAAGACGGAGACGAAGACGGCGGACGGCCUGACGCGGGGACGCUACUCUUACGUGGACGCCAACGGAGUGUUGCAGGCCGUCGACUACGAGGCGGACAACUACAACGGAUUCCGCGCGUCCGGUACCAACCUGCCGCAGGCGCCAUCCGCGGCGCCCGUCGCCCCCGCCGGCCGCAUCUACCACCCCCCAGGCCCCGCCUACCCUGUCCCCGCGCAGGUCUUCCAGGCGCCCAUCGCGGCGUACGGCGUCCCCUCGCAGCCCAUCCACCCUCGCCCCAUCGCCGCGGCCUACGCCGCCCCCGCCGCCGCCGUGGCCGUCCCCGACGUGCCCGCCGACACGCCCGAGGUGGCCGCGGCCAAGGCGGCCCACUUCGCGGCGCACCGGGAGGCCGGCGCACGCCUCGCCAGCGCGUACAGCGGCUAG